CGCUAAUAGGAUUGCCGCGGCGUCCGUGCAAAAACCAUGAUGUAAUUUCCAGGGCUUAUCCGUGCAUUUUGCUAACCUUACGCAAAGACGAGCGUACGGAUACGCGUGGGAUCAAGGUGAACAGUGAUUCUGAGGCAGCCACCACAGAUGUCGUAAGCUUGGGCUGACGCUAAUAUCUCCUUGUCGGCCCAGAUGCUGCGCGGACGACGCAGACAACUUUUCUCCAAGCACAUCAACAUAAACCCGGGCCGUUGCAGCCAUUUCGUCAUCGUACGCCCGCUGUGCUUGAGACGUUGAUCUCCUUUCGGCGUUUCUGCUCCUAUCGUCCAGAGAUUUCUCAGACGUCGACUGCACAGCUAUUCAUAUCAGGCCGCUGUCGACUUCAUUUCUGUUGCACUCCCUUUUCGCCUCCCCACACGUCGACCUCCACCAUGUUCGGUCGUAAGAACCGCAACGUCUCUCCCGAUGCCAGGGUCCCGUCUGAGGAAACGGACCGCACACUGACUCCUGGCAUUGAUGGUCCCUCCAAGGCCCAGGUCAAGAGAGCUACUCGUACUCGCAUGAUAUGGGCCCUGAUCUCAUCAUUCCUGCUCCUUAUCACCGUCAUCUUCAUGAUCCUUGUCGAGGUCGGCUGCACUGGUACCGGAAGCAUCAAAAGUAGUAUAUACUUCAUCAACAUCAAUCUGACCAACAUCUUCCCCGAGUCUGUUCCGGAUGCCGCCAUUAUCAAUUCUAUCGCUCAGACUAUUGGUCUGCACGACUUUUACCGCGUUGGUCUCUGGGGCUUCUGUGAAGGCUACAACGGCCAAGGCGUCACAGACUGUUCCAGCCCAGAGACUCUUUACUGGUUCAACCCUGUGCAGAUUAUCCUUAACCAGCUGCUCGCUGGUGCGACCAUCGCAUUGCCUACCGAUCUCACCGACAUUCUGGGCCUCAUUAGAGUUGUCUCGCACUGGAUGUUCGGUCUCUUCCUUGCAGGUGCCUGCUUGUCCUUUGUCAUGAUGAUCCUGAAUCCUCUGGCCGUCUUCUCUCGCUGGCUCACUCUGUUCACUGGUAUCUUCACCUUCUUGGCCGCGCUUUUCAUCACCGUCGCCACCGUUAUCGCGACUGUUAUGUUCAUCAUUAUGCAAAAUGCUUUCACAUCCGUUGAGGAGCUCAACAUUGGUGGAGAGCUGGGUAUCAAGAUGUUCGUAUUCAUGUGGAUCGCCGCAGCCACCUCGAUCCUCGCCUGGUUGAUCCAGACCAGUCUCUGUUGUUGCUGUGCCAGCAGAAGAGAUGUGAAGAAGGGAAAGAAGACCGGAAGCAAGAAGGCCUGGCAAACAGAGACACCCGGCAUCGCUGAGAAGGGCACAAAGAAAGGCUUCUUCGGCCGCAAGUAGUUCUUUCGCACAUUGAAAAUGUUGGCAGAUAUUGCAAAUGUACCAUAAGUGGGAGACGGUUUGUAUAUCGAGGUGUUCGGACAAGGCGUUUUGGUUGUGCAUAGGCAAAGCGUUUGGGAUGAAAUACAUAAUGUACCUAGAAUAACGAUAUUUGAGUUAACGUGUAAUAUACGAGAGUCAUGACAUAUGGGACGGUCCACAAUACAGCAGUGCUCCCUCGCUGAUGAG